AAUGAAAGUCGUUUUGAUAUUAUUGGCAGUGAUAUGCCUAGGAAAAAUUAAGUGCAGUGAAGAAAAAAUACCUCAAUCUUUUAAUUUUUCAGACAGUGAGAUCCAGUAUAGUGAUUCAAACUUUACAAGUUUGAAUGAUAACAUAUUGGCUGUCAUUGAAAAUGAUAGUCUCAAUCUUGGCAAUAUAACAGGACCUUUGACUUCUUGUCCGCGGGCAUUUGGUGUAGAGGGAAUUUUUGAAAUCACUGUUCCUGGCCUCGAUCCGUUUCCGGUCCUCUGUAAUGCUCAAAUCGCAGGAGCAGGUUAUAUAGUAAUCGCAAGUCGUUCAAAUGCCGAACUUAAUUUUUUUAGAGAUUGGGCUACAUACAAAGAAGGUUUUGGAGAUCUUCUGGGUGAUUUCUUUAUAGGCCUCGACAAACUGCAUGCCAUUACCAAAUCUCAGAGCUAUGAGUUAUAUGUUCAUUUGGAGGACUUUGAAGGAAACACUCGAUUCGCUCGAUACGAUGAAUUUUACAUUGAAAAUGAACAUGAGUCGUAUAAAAUGAGCAAAUUAGGAACCUAUACGGGCAAUGCAGGAGAUUCGCUUGAUUAUCAUAGAGGUCAAAAAUUUUCUACCUAUGACGGAGAAAAUAAUUGUGCGAUUGGGAAAAGUGGUGCCUGGUGGUACAAGAACUGCCAGAACAGCAAUCUCUUUGGACAGUAUUAUGGAGGCGAAUUUGACAGUAAAUUGGGUUACUCAGGAAUGAAUUGGGACCAUUGGCGUGGUGGAUAUUAUUCUUAUAAAAGUAUAAAAAUGAUGGUGCGACCCAGAUGCACCUGUUCCUAGUUUAGUCCAUCAGAUGCUUGGAUGAUGAUCACUUCACUUCUCAUUAAAAUUGUUGUAAAAUACUUUUAAUGAGCUUAAGUUUCAUGAUAAAUUUGUAAAUCAUAUUUUGCAACUAAACUUAUUUUUGUUAAAAUCGUA